UUUGACAGUAUCUGCAUGAACUACUUUGGUGCUUUGGUUUAAGUACGUCAAAUGUGUUAAUUGCAUACAGAAGUCAGCUGUUGACAUCAUAUUGAUGUUAAAAUCUGUUAGUCGUGAAAUAAUAAAUAUUUACUAUCUAUGUGAACUCAGUUGUGAUUUAUAAUAUGCAAAAAUGUCUAUUUUGGAGGAUGAGAACGCUACAUGGAUUCAAGAACUAGAAAAUGUUCUGUUGGAAGAAUGCACAGCAAGUGAUAUAUAUUGCUUAUGCAAAGGUAAACCACUUCCAGAUAGUAUAAGACAAGAAGUGUGGCAGGUUUGCUUGGACGUUCGUGAUAAAGGCAACCAAAUUGAUCAUUUUAAUGAGAUUUUUGAUUUGCCUAAUCAAGUGGUUUUGAGAGAGGAUUGUGCAAAUUUUGUAUCAAAGUUAGGAAAUGAUGAGGCUGAAAGACCAUCCAUUGUCUCUGACUUGGAGAGUAUUCUCACUUUUUACUGCAAAAGUCGAAGUUUGCAAUAUGAGAGAGGGAAUGGUUGGAUUGAACUGUUACUUCCAAUAAUCACAUUGAAAGUCGGAAAAUCGACCAUUUAUAAUUUAUUUGAAGGUAUACGUGACAUGUACAUUCCACAAGGCUCUCAUAAGAAUGGCAAUGUGUUCCAUAUACUGAGACUGCUGCUGCUGUACCAUGAUCCAGAGUUAUGUAACUUAUUGGAUACAAAGAAACUAACCCCAGAUUUGUAUUGCUUGACUUGGUUUCAAUCACUUUUUGCAGCCACAUGCAAUUUAAAUGUUACCAUUACUAUGUGGGACUAUUAUUUGCAACAAUCCGAUCCGUUUUUCGUUUUCUUUUUGUCUCUGAUUAUGGUGAUUAACGCCCGUGAGCAGAUAAUAUCAAUGAAGAACGAAGAUAAAGAAACUUUAAUUAAGAUGCUAACUUCAAUGCCGAACGCAUUGGAGGCUGAAGAUGUAGCAGACUUCUGUUCACUGGCUCAGUAUUAUGCCGCGAAAACCCCAGUCGGUUUCCGCACUGACUUGAUGCAGUCUUUAUAUAGUGGAAAGGGCGACGAUAUUAGCUUAAUAUCACAAGCCCUUUGCUUACCUGUAUCUGUUCAAGAAUUGGUAGAAAAUAGUAGCAUGGAUGGAGGCAACGCAGACGCUGUUCGUUUUUUUAUAGUAGACUGUAGACCAGUAGAGCAAUACAAUGCUGGGCAUUUAUCCACGGCUUUCCAUUUGGACUGCAAUUUGAUGUUGCAAGAGCCGAGCGCAUUCCAGACAGCAGUACAGGGCCUUCUAAACGCACAGAAACAAGCACUGGCUAUGAAUUCCAACGCUGGAGGAGAGCAUCUAUGUUUUUUGGGUUCUGGGCGAACCGAAGAAGAUCAAUACACUCUAAUGGUUGUUGCAUCUUUUCUUCAAAAGCAUACUCAGUAUGUAUCGAUUUUAACUGGAGGUUUUAUUUCUUUACAUGACUAUUUUGGUAAUCAAUGUGGAGAUUAUCUGCAAGACCACGUAUCUUCGCAGUGUAUGGUCUGUGGACCAUUGAUGACAGCUGGAAAAUCAGGGAAACAAACUAAUCGAGGCCAGUCGAAUGAUUUGUUUGGUAAAAUUUCUGCGGCAAUGAAAAACAAAUCUGCGGAGGUUAAAGGAAUGCUUUUCGAAUAUAUUGUUAAUCCGAAUAAUAGUCCGGUGCAAGAGAGACACGUUUCCAGCAGCGAUAAGCAAGGGAAACGAUAUAGAAAUGUUGCUCCUGUUUUUAGCAUAGAUGACGAUCAUGAUAAUGUUACUUCUGAUCAGAUCCAAGAGGACGAUGAAAGGCAAUUUGUUUCAAUACAAAGCUGGUUGAAAAAUGCUGAUUUGAUCAAGCAUUUUCCAUGCCAGGAAGUGAAGCUUAAUGGUUUCAUGUACAAGAGCCAUCUGAUGGUGACCGAUACCCAUUUGGUAGUACUCAGAGAGAUACCAGACAAGAAGGGCACUGCGGAGGUCAUCGUCAAACGGCCUUUGACGGCUAUUGUUAAAAUAACCGCGAAAAAGCGUCAUCCCGAUUUGAUUACCUUUAAAUAUGGUGUCCACGACGGCGAUUCUUUAAUGAUAUCAGACAUGGACAGCUUUUUGAUUCCGGAGGCUCAUAUUGCUACAAAAGUCGUCACAGAGCAGAUUCUAAAACAAGUCAAAACAAUCGAGUUACUUAUGUAAUACAUAAUUUAUUCUUAAUUGUUGUUGCUAUAGAAAAUGUUUCUUAGGCUAAAAAUUGUUUCCUAUUUUUUUCUUCUAUUAACAAGAUUCUAUUAAUUGUGCAUAAAUAUACUUAUUAAAUGUU